AAACAUAUGCACCACUACCAAAACAAUAAGCAUUAGAAUACCACAACGUCAACACUAGCAAUAACCAUAUGCAACACUACCAAAAGUCCAAAACAAUAAGCACCAGAAUACCAUUACUACCCUUAGUAACCGCGGUGGCUACAAGGACCAAGUUACCACCGUAACCGCUCCCUUGGAUGUAGUUUAUGUGGAUAAUCAUCGAUAACUCGUUUGUUCCACACGACAUUAUAGUUAUUUUUGAACAAUGAUCAACAAUAGUUAUUGUAAUCUCAUGUUGCUAUUUGUACACAAUUUCUUACUCUUUAUCCUAGCUAUAAAUUUUGUCAUUAGGUUUUAAAAAAAUGUUUGUGCUUAGUGACCAUAGUUUAGUUAGUAUUAGUCAUUUUGUCAAAUCAAACAAUUACUAUAUGGAGGUUUUCUUUCAAAUCCCAUCCAUUCCACUUUUCCCGACACCAACACAUAGGACGGAGGGGUUUUUUUGGUAAAAGAAAAAGAAGAAAAAAAGCGGUCAUUGCAGUUUUGUACGUUUUCCAUUCCCGGAAGGAUAUAUUUUUAUAAUACUUAUAAUAUAUUUCACAUCAUGUGUGGUUUAGGGGGUUUUCCUCCUAAUAUUGCUUUAUCAUUGGUAUAAGCAGUGACGUAGCCCGAUUUUGAGUUGACUGGGGUUCUUAAAAAUUUCAAAGCACUAAAUUCUGUGUAUGUUAUGAAAUUUGAGUCGAUUGGUGUCCUUAGGUGAGCUAACAUCAACAAGAGUAUGGAGUUCUACAUUCAAAGGAUUAUACAAAAUCCCACGUAUCUAAAGGAUUUGGUUGCCCCUUUAUUUCCAAGUAGGUUCCUAGGACCGGGGGGGCCUCUCCUCAACAAUGGCUCCGCCACUGGGUAUAAGUGACGUAGGGGAGAGCAAGUAACUAUACGUUUUUAGGGAUAAUACCACUACAACACCCGAACUAUCAACAAAAUGUCACUUGUGUCCUACUUUAUUCAAUAUCUCAAUCUUGUUCCGUUGUAUGAUACUUUCUGUCAUUUGUGUCCUGUCACUUUUGUUGACCGCUAGAGUUAACAGUUGACUAGACGGAGGUCAAAGAAAUAUUGACUUUUGUUGACGUGGCAUAAAACAUAAGUGCCACAUAGAUGCCACGUCAUUAACACAUCAGAUUAUUAUUUUUUUAAUUCAAAGUUUUUUAAUUUAAAAAUAACAAAAAAUUCUUUGCUCCUCUACUUCUUCCUCUUGCUCCCUCUGGCGAGAGUUUUGAAUCGCGUUGCCCAAUUCUCAACUGGGAGCAGAUGAAGGAAAUCGUGGGCAAAAUUUGCUUCAGUAGUCCCGACACCUCGAACUGGGAUUAAUUGUUCGGUUCGGUGUUGAUAAUCGGCUACCCACCCAACUGUAAUUGAUAGAUCUCUGGUAAUUCCGCGAGCUGUGCACGAUGAUGACACACGACGGUGACAGAAUGCCAUUGCUGGCUUGUGGGAAGGGAAGCUGGAGUGUCGUCAAUCGUCGGAUCUGCUCUGGUAAUUCCCGUCUUCCCUCCGUUGUUACUUUGCACAGAGCACCCCUGACCCUCCCAUCUCAAACCCUCCCGCCGCCGCCGCCUUACUCCCUCUCGCCUUCAAUCUGAAGAUCCUUUUGAUCGUCUACUUCAUGCUUAAGUUGAAGGUGAUGGUUAAGCAAAUCCAUGGUUGACUUCUGCUUUUUGUCUCCUUCCAGGAGCUUCAGGGACCCAAGACCAAAAACUGAAUGACCUUCUUCUUCUUCCAUCUUCGGAGUUGAUUUGCCUCCCUUCAUCUUUAUCUCACAAAAAUUGCAGAGCAGAUAGAAACGAGCUUUAGUCAAUCAGAAUUUUUGGGUCAGAGUCGAGGGUUAUAGAGUCGCCGAGUCGCCACAAAUUUCUCUAUCUCUUCCACCAUAAUGAAUGGGUUACGGCCGAGACAAUCAGAUCCACCGAUUGGUAUUGAGCAUUCUUGGGUUUCAAUGGAGUAAGGUGUAACACCCUGGUAAUUUAGAUUUGGGUCGACCAUAAUAAAUUAGCGGUUGGUUUGAUGGUUACGUACUAAGAGUUGCAACCGCGAAUUCGGAAUAAUAACAAUAAUAAUAAUAACUAUUAUUAUCAUUAUAUUAUUAAAAAAGGGCAGUGGGGCGGCCCAAGUAGGCAGCGCCUACAAUCCCCACCCAAGCAAUAAAUCCCCCACCCCACCCCUUUUAUUGCCGGCAAGUCGGCAACACAAUAGACAAAAAAAAAAAAAAAAAAACCCUUCUCGUAUUUUUGCGGGAUAGGAUACGGUGACAACCCCUUGGGGGUUGUCAGAUUCACAACCACCUUUGUGGCCAUCAGAUACGUUCUCUCUCCUGUCUUUUUCUUCUUUUUUUAAAUUAAUGGUUAAGAUUAAACCAAGGGCAAAUUCGGAAUGGAAAACUUACCACAUGAGAUCCUUUCCAUUUUCCAUAUAAAUACUUUUUAUUACCCAAAAAAAAAAAAAAAAAAACAGACCCUCCCCCAUUCUCCUGCGUCUCCCUCCUCUUCCCCUCUCACAUAUCUCUAACAAAAAAACCCUAGCCGUCAAGAGCUCCACCACCGUCGCCGCCUCUGCCUCCCCUGCCGCCGCGCCGCUGUCCUCCCCUCCCUCUUCCUCUCCCGUACCCACCGUUCACAGCCUGCUGUACCCGCCAUCAUGAUCGAGAUCUACGCCGCCGCCUGGCUCCGCGACGUCCAGAUCGGCUCCGUCCGCGUUCUCAUCAGCAACGUCCAUAUCGACGUCCAGAUCGUCUCUACACCAAGCUCUCUGCCUCCGGCGUCGGCUUCAACGACCUCCUCGACGCCAAGGCCACCGCCGGGGGUGCGAAGAAUCUCGAGGAGAAGACUGCCAAUGCUAGUGGUACCAAUUCCUAUUGGUACGAUACCACUACUCACUGGUACGUACCAGUGGCUCCCCUACCACUACUCACUGGUACCACUAUCAUCUGGUACCACUAUCAUCUAAUACCACUAUUAUCUGUUUUUUUGUGUUAUUCUCUACUGGUACCGCUACCAAUGCUAGUGGUAGCGCUACCAGUGCUAGUAGCGUUGUGUUAUUCUCUACUGGUAGCGUUGUACUGGUAGCGGACCACUAGUAUUGGUACAUUUUUUACUGGUACCGCUAGUACUAGUACAUUUUUUAACGUACUGGUAGCGUACCACUAGCACUGGUAUAUUAAUUACCAGUAGACUAAUAGAUUGGUACACUUUUUAACGCAUUGGUACAUUUUUUCAGGUUGCCGGAGGGAGUCUGCCGGAGAGAAUUCGCCGGAGAAAAAGUUUGUCAGUCGAUGCGGAGUGGCUGCUGGAGAAAGGAAGAGAGAGAGAGAUAGAUAGAGAUAUUAAUGUAUAAGAUUUAAAUUUCAGAAAAAAAUUGUAUUUAAUAUGGGUAUUAAAUUCCCAAUAUAAUUAAUACAAAAAAGGUAAUUAAUAUAUUCAUUUUUUUCAUACCCAAAAUACUCUUGGUUGUGAAUCUGACAACCCCCAAGGGGGUUGUCACCGUAUCCUGUCCCUAUUUUUGCAAGCACCCGCGCCGCGGAGAAGAGAGAAGAAGAGGGGGAAAAAAGGAGGAGAAGAGAGCGUCCACCUCACCCUGAUCCCGACCCCGACCCUAUCCCUUUCAUUCUAGGUAAGGACCGCGAACCCCUUCGCGAUUUCUAAACUCGAUUUAUCGAUAGUCUAAUCCGAAUCUCGUAUUUUAUUAGCGGUGACGUUUGAGGGUUCGAUCCGCGAGGAGAUCAACGUCCCAGGUCAUCCAACCUAGGCCUAGGCAAGUUCUAGAGGUAAGGGAACUCGAUCCCUUUGAGUUAGAUUGAUCGAUUUGGUGAUUUUUUGUGAGGGUGCAAUUCCGGGUUUUUAGCAACAGGCCUAACAUGCUUUUAGUCAUUGAUUUUGGGUGGUCACUAAAGCUGCUGGAAAUUUCCAGAAACGUAUUUUUGGAUGUUUUUAAUUGUUUCGAGUUCUGUCGGUGUUUGUUACGGAGUUUAAUAAUUUUAUAAAUUGAGGGAGGUCUAUAAGAUAGCUUUAUUUUAAUUUGAUGAUUUUUGAAGAUGUAUUUCUAUUUUUAGAAAUUGUUCUAAUAUUCGUUUUAAUUAAAUAAAAAUCUUUCCGAGGGGUUUUUAAGGGUUUGAUAAUUUUCCAGCGUAUAGGUGCUCAUGAUUGACAUGGGAAAAUUAUUUUCCAAAGUUAUAAGAAGGUUCAAGUUAGGUGAAAAAUUCGUCCAAGAUAAAAAUAAUUAAGAAAAAUGGUCAUUUUUGAAGGGAUUAAUUCUAGAAAAUUUUAAUGGGGGUUAAAGGACCCUUGGAAUGAGGUUCAAGGACUGGAGUUUGAGGGGAGGAUGUCCUAGUGUUUCAAAAGGAGACUUUUAAAUCGAGAAAUGUUGUCUUAGAGUAUGAAUUUCUUAUUAAUAGGUUUCCUGAGAUAACCCGACCAAGGAGGGGUUUCUUCGAGGAAGGAGUUGAGAAGUCAUCUUUUCGAGGUGAGUGUAAAGGGGGUAAAAUCUCUGUCGUAGGUCUUUUAGUUUCUGCUUUUCGUUCAAGUUAUUAUUUAGUUAAUUUUUUUCUAGCAUGCACGAUAUGUUUGUGAGGCAUCCCACCGCCUGUAAGGGUGGAGGCACGCGUUUUGCUAUGUAUGAAUGUAUGUGAUGUUGUAUGGAUUGGAUGGUAUGAUGAACCCCCGGGCGGUUGGGUCACUACUGGACGACGAGACGUAACGCAGUAGUUGACGGGCAUGGACUGGACGGCGAGACGUAACGCAGUGCCAUUGCCGAGUUUGGGUAUGCAACCGGACGGCGAGACGUAACGCGGUUGGCAUACUAGGGUAGGACACCGGACGGCGAGACGUAACACGGUGGUCCUAGUGUUUUGUGUUUGAGUUAAGGAUAGAAGGCGAGCACUCUUGGGAGUUAAUGUUGAAAUGAGUUAAUAAGAAUGAUUAUUUAAG